CGGUACUCAUAUUUGCUGUGUAAUAUAUGUGCUGAAAAGGCCGGGGCUUUGCAGGGACGGAAGAAACUCGGAGAGAUUAAAGAAACUCGGAAAAAAAUAGUACAUUAUCCAACUAUCGCUUUAAAUAGGCUUUCAGUGUGGCACUAUGGAGUAUUUGAUCGGGAUCCAGGGGCCAGACUUUGUCUUAGUUGCAGCAGAUAACGUUGCGGCUAGCAGCAUAAUUCAGAUGAAGCACGACUAUGACAAGAUGUUCAAGCUGAGCGAAAAGAUUCUGCUGCUGUGUGUGGGAGAGGCGGGCGACACCGUGCAAUUUGCAGAGUACAUCCAGAAGAACGUUCAGCUCUAUAAGAUGAGGAACGGUUAUGAGCUCAGCCCUGCUGCCGCCGCUAAUUUCACCCGCAAGAACCUCGCAGAUUACCUCCGCAGUCGGACCCCGUACCACGUGAACCUGCUGCUGGCCGGGUAUGACGAGGCUGACGGGCCGGGGCUGUACUACAUGGACUACCUGUCCGCCCUCGCCAAGGCCCCCUUCGCUGCCCACGGCUAUGGAGCCUUCCUCACCCUCUCCAUCAUGGACCGAUACUACAAACCCGAUCUGACCCGGGACGAGGCAGUGGAUCUGUUGAAGAAGUGCGUGGAGGAGCUGAGCAAGCGCUUCAUCCUGAACCUCCCCUCCUUCAGCGUCCGUCUCAUCGACAAAGAAGGCAUCCACGAUCUGGAGAGGAUGGUGGUGGCUAAGUAGCCCCGACCCUUGACCUUGGAGUAAAAACUGAUCCUUGACCCCCCUGAAGCCCUCAUCCUCUUUUGUACUAGAUUUGUGUCUUAUGAUACUUCCAAUAAAAAAUGCCGUGCUUUGCUGCCCGACUGUC